CCAUACCGAUAAAAAAAAAAUCAUUGAUCUCUGUCGCGUUCUCGUCGAAACAACAUCGCAGUUUUGCUACGUUUAUGCACAGCGGCUGUAUCUCGCGAACACAACUUUGUCCUGCACAAAUAUAAUAUAGUAAAGUUUUAUCAUAUCGGUAUUAAUAAUAAUAUGACGUCUGUUGUUCACGUUUCGUUGGCCGCCGUCUUCGGACUUUGCUUGCUAGCCAUCAACGUUUCCAGUCAACUUUUACCGGAAAACGCCAUAUCGAAAUCCACGGAAAUCAUGAGUGACAUCCUACUGAAGGCUACGACUGAAGACCAAUACAACUAUGUGGUGUCCCCGUUCGCGAGUUCUGUGAUUUUGGCACUAGCAGCCGAAGGAGCUGACACAGAAACCAAGAACCAACUCGUAACAACCAUGGGCGGUGAGCUGCCAGACAAGAAUUCCUACAAAGAAGUUCUCAUGACCAUCAAGGGCUAUUCACUAGACGGAUUCGCGCAGAACAAAGUCGUUCUGAAGAACUUCCUAUAUGUUUACAAAAACUACAGCGUACAUGAAUCGUUCGCUCAACUCGCCCGGGACUAUUACCUAACUGACGUGAGGAGCGUCGAAAGACCAGACCUGGCAACAAAACGAGACGCGACCAACAACAUGUUCUUGAACGACGAUAACACCUCCGAGUUUAAAGAGCACGCUCUAUUGAUCUUCAACGGUUUAUCUUUGGAAAUGAAUUGGCCAACAAGCACGUGGCACAAAACUUCAGUAUCCUGGAACGGCAACGUGGUCAAAGCGUUCGGCGCAGCUGGCAAUUUCGCCAUCGGCCAAAUACCUUCACUCGACUGUACAGCGUUUAAAUUGCCCUACAAGAACACUGACUACGCCUUAUUAGUGCUUUUGCCGAAAAACAAAGAUAUAUCAUUGAACGAAGUACUGAAAAAACUUAAACCAGAAAACGGUAUUGAAAAACUAACGAGAGCGAUGACGAUGAAACCCGGUUUCGUCACUAUGCCAUGUUUCCAAAGCAGUAACAUUACUCACCUGAAAACGGUUUUACAACAGGGAACCCAAACGAAUACCAUAUUCACUGAAUCAGCGGAUUUAUCAAAACUAUCGUCGGACAAGCUGUAUUUAGACGACGUAGUCCAGCAAGCCGGCAUCCGUGUAUGCGUCGAAGGCUCCUCUUCUUACUCGCUGACUAGUUCCGCGUUUACGUCACAAAGGGUCAUCAAGGAGUCAAUAGUCGUAGACCGGCCGUUCGCGUACGCACUUUACAACGUAGCCAACGGGAUUGUGUACGCGGCCGGAAAAUUGGAGAAGCCCGUCUGGGAAGAGACCGACGACGAAAGCAAUGGUUCCGACAUCGAGCCGAUCAAAAUUUAAAGAGGACUGAAGCGAAUAUGUUAUAUAUUACAAUAACUGAAGUUCGGAUUAUGUUUUAGUUUUAAAAAAAAAAAAUUUUUUUUUUUAACA